ACUCUCCUAACCCCACAUGCAUGCUUAAAAGGGACUCAGAGACAAGCACUGGCUUCCAAUCGUGGUUGGGUGAGCCAGUCGUCCAGGGUAGGAGAGACAGAGCUGAUUAUUCUUUUCUUACUCCAGAUCUCUAACCAAAAAAGAGGAGACUGCACUGAGGAAGCAAGUUCAACUUUGAGAAACAAAACAAGACAGAUAUGCCACAGAACGUGGUGCUGGACGGGCCAGCCCCUUGGGGAUUUCGGCUUUCAGGAGGCAAAGAUUUUAACCAGCCGCUGACCAUAACUCGGGUGACACCAGGCAGCAAGGCAUCUCGGGUCAACCUGUGCCCAGGAGACAUCAUCCUGGCCAUCCAGGGAGCGUCCACUGAUGGUAUGACUCACGCUGAAGCUCAGAACAAGAUCAAAGACUCCACCAAUCAGCUUUUCCUCAAGAUAGAGAGGCCAGAAACAAAAAUGUGGUCACCUCAGGUUAUAGAAGAGGGGAAAGUGAACCCAUUCAAAAUCAAUUUGGAGGCAGAGAAGCAAGAGUGUAAACCUAUUGGCACAGGUCAUAACAGAAGAGCGCAGCCCUUUGUGGCUGCCGCCAGUCUGGAUGACAAAACGCAGGUGGUGAGCUCCACCUACAACACUCCCAUAGGCCUCUACUCUCAAGAUAACAUCCAGGACGCCCUGCAAGGACAGAUCCGGGGUCUGGUGCAUGAAAAGCCUGAGGGUGACAUCACAUCCCAGACGCUGAUCGGAAAUGUAGCUCAAAUGUCUGGCACCCCGUCGGAUGGGUCCAGGGCAGCUCUUUCUGCACAGUAUAACUCCCCAAUUGCAUUAUACUCAGCAGACAAUGUCUCAAAUACACUGCAGCAGGCUCAGAUGUCAACUGUAGUCAGGCAGGCAUUGCCCAGCCCUACACCCCUGACGUCUAUUGAAGACUCUCAUGUGUACCGUAUGCUCCAGGACAACCAAGAGCAGUCACAUGAACCACGUCAGUCUGGAUCAUUCAAGGCCCUGCAAGACUAUGUGGAGAGCGAUGGCACAAGGCCCAUGGUGACUAGAAGUGUAAAAGCCCCAGUGACAAAGCCCCAAGCCGCCACAUCCUCACUCCAGAAGCUGCCUCUCUGUGAUAAAUGUGGCACUGGCAUUGUUGGACCGGUGGUGAAAGCUCGGGACAAGUACCGCCAUCCAGCCUGUUUCGUGUGCUCAGACUGCGGCUUGAACUUGAAGCAGAAAGGCUACUUUUUUGUGGAGGGACAGAUGUACUGUGAAGCCCAUGCUCGAAUGCGAAUGACCCCACCUAAGGGACAUGAUCUAGUCACUGUAUAUCCUACUGCUUAGAGGGACGGACAGUUGAAAUUAGACAACUUCUAUUGUUUGCGAUUAUUGCUUCUUGAUAUUCCGUUGUUCAUUUCUUCAUUUAAGUUUAUAAAGGGAAAUACAAGGCCAAUUUAAAGCCAUAUACACAAAGUAUUAAGAUGUUUUUAGUGAUCGAAUCAUUACUACAUUACUGUUUACACCUGGUAUUAACAUGCAUUAGCCAUUGCUUCACUUUGAUUCAGGAUGGAUUGAUUUAAAUGCAAUGUGGUCACGUGUUUCUGACUACCCCUGUACGGUUCACUGAUACAAUUUCAAAACAUUUUAGAACCCACAAAGCACUCUGAGCACUGAAAACUUGUGAUCUGAUAACAGUUAAUGCUAGGUGUAAAUGGGAUCUAUACUCUCAAAACUCUUUCUUAAGGCCUUAAUCUAGUUCUCGUUGAAAAGCUACUACUUAGUCAACUCUGUCAUUUCUCACUUAUUAGCCUUCUGUGCAGAGCAAAUCCUAAAUUUAGACACAAACUAAUCCCUUUAGGUUUCAGUUAUUCUCAAAAUAUGAAAGAAGGGGAAUUUUACUUUUAAUACAGGUUCAAUAUGCCAUCAUCUAUGUACAAAGUAUUUGGAAAUACACACAAAUCGUCAAUUGGGGGGUCGUCACACUUGCACAGUAAAAAAAAAAAAAAAUGCAAUCUGUUUCCCAAUACAAUUUUUGUUUUUCUGUUUGUUUAUAUAAUUUCUAUGAAUAUUAUUUGUGCUGCAUUGUUUUUUUUUUUAAUUCUCAUGUUUGAACUUAAAGUCAUAGUUCACACAAAAUAGAAAACUCUGUUGUCAUAUGCUCAGCUACAGUAUCCCUUUAGGGCCACCUUUACACAUAAGAUGAAAGGUUUUAACCAUAAUCA